GCACGGGAAUUAACGCCGGGGUUAGAAGAUGGGUUAGGUUGAGAGGUGGGUUAAGGAGGGUGUUGCUGUGACGGUGAGGGGGAUUUUGCUGUUGGUUGGGGGACCCUGCGGAGACUUGAACUCUGGUUGGUGAGGGGCGAAAAGGAGUUUGUAUGGGUUGCCCUGUAGCUUUAUUUUGCAGGCGAACGCGAGGUUUUACCAGCUGAUUUGUACUUUUUGUUGCUGAGUUUUUGUUUUGCUUUGGCGUCAAGAUGGUGGCCUGCGAGCAAGCCUUCAUUCAAGGUAUGGUGGUAAUAUUUUGCCUUUGAAAGCUUGUCAUUGUUGGGUAAAGAUUAUGUGUAAAGUAAUGGAGUCAGAAAAUUAUUUGUGAAGUAAUGAAGAUAUGGUGUGGGAAGAGAUUUCAUGUCAGGGGAUGCCUGGAUUGUAGCACCCGCAUUUUUGUGCUUCUUAUUGGAAAUGUUUUUGCGAGGCAGAGUGUUUUACAUGUUCUUGGUAUCCUUGGAAGGACGCACGUCAAAGUCGUUUGCUGGGAAAUCAUCUCUUCGGUGAGUAGACAUCAUGCUUGCAUUUGCAUUUUUGGGUCACUUCGUGCAAAAGCGAGCUGAGUUGGAAAAUAUUUCAAAAGUUCGGGUUAAAUCAUUGAUCUUUGUGAAAAAGAUCGGUGUUUAGGAUAGGCUUUAAAGUUUAGAAAGAUAAUCUUAUCAUUGAGCUCAGUUCAGUGAUGAUAGGGAUGCGGAGUUGGAUGUUUGCUAAUUGUGAGAAGGGAUAAGAAAAAAAUCUAGAAAUAGUAAAAGCUUACUGAUGAUGGGGAUGCAGGGUUGUGAUAAGUUCUUUGAAGUUUUCACGGUGUUUUUAUUCAAAAACAUCGAGCUUAGUGACAAUGAGGAAGGUUAUUAUUGAGCUCUGCAAAUGCACUCUUGAAGGGAAAUAUUCUCCUCAGGGUAUAGACCAUAGCUUGUUCUGAAAGGACGGGCGCAGAAAGAAUGAGUGUCUGUCAGACCAUUGCUAUUUUUACUCAAUUUGCUUCUGUUUCAAUAUAAAAUGAUGUCUGGAAAACUGCUCGAGUGAAAAAAUGGCAGCUGGAAGACAUGGAAGUUGUGAAGCGGCUGUCAAUAUUCAGCCGGUGAACCUUUCGAGGCCGAGAUGAGUUGUUCUCUGAGAUUGGACGAAAAUUUGUGAACCGGACAAUGACUAGAAGCCAGUGAGUAAAUUGUCGCAAAUUUCCAAGGCGGGCAUUUUGAUUGGUAAUAUUUAAUGGAAAAUUGGUAAAAAGACUAGGUAAAUACAGCUGGUGAAUUUUUCCAAGGUGGAUAUUUAUUUUUCUGUAAUAUUGAAGUAAGUGACGGUCCAGAUUCAGCUGCUGAAAGAAUUUAGGCUUAAAAUAAAGUGUUUCUCUGAUAUUUGUUAGAACUAUGAUCAAAAUACAGCCGUUGCAAUUUCGAAGCUGAAAAACACAAUUUUUCUGUAACAUUUGCCAAACUUCUGGUAGUUAAAUCAGAAGCGUAUAUAUUUUUCCAGAGGAAUAUUCCAAUGGCUUCGCUUACCCCCGGAAUUUUACUCAAGCUUCUGCAGAAUAUGAAUUCUGAUGAGAGGGUAGGUGGAGAGUACCGUUCUGUUUUAUUACAGGUUAUCAGCAUUGUCCCGGCUCUGGCAGGCAGCGAGCUUUGGCCGAACAAAGGUUUUUAUAUCAAAGUUUCCGAUUCUUCACAUUCAACUUAUGUUUCCCUGAAUGACGAGGAUAAUGACCUUAUUUUAGCCGACAAGUUGCAAUUAGGGCAGUUUAUUUAUGUUGAGAAGCUUAAAUCGGCCUCUCCUGUACCUAAAGUCGUGGGAGUAAAGCCCGUUCCGGGAAGACAUCCAUGCAUUGGGAGCCCCGAGGAUCUUAUGGCUAAAAAUAGCUUCUUAAAGCAGCCGGCCGCCAAAUCUUCUGAAAAAAAUGUGUCUGCCGAUAAAUCUUCGGACAAAGUUGUCUCGGCCGGAUUUGAGCGUCGGCCAAAAAGGUCCACAGAUCGUGCUCUGAAUCCUAAUCUGAUGAACACAAUUUCACUUUCCGAAAGGCCUUCAAUUAAUGUUGCUGAAAGGAUGAAACAGCUCAGGGCGGCUUCUUCAGAAAAUUUGCAGCCAGAAAAGAGUAAUAAUAAUAACAAAUCUGAAAAGAAACACUCCAGUCUUUCCACGGCAAAGAUGGUCAAAUCUGGAGCAGCAAACAGGGUUAAGUCUCAAGCACCUUUGGCUUCAACCACACCCCAAGAGGAGAGGAAGAUAGUGAUCAAGGAGGAUCCGGCAGCUGUUCCCUCGAGGUACAGACAAGGAAUUUCUCCUAAUACUAAGAGAACACCUCAUUCUUCACAGGUUUUCACAUCUUUUGACGAAUCUCCGAAUGAAAAGUUAUCUAAGGCUUCUAGUGGUGGCAAGGUGUCUCCCAAAAAGAAGAAACCUGCAGGUUGUAUGCCCAAAACGCCACCAGAUUUGACGUGUGUAACUGGUAAGUCUCUGCAUAAAAGCUGGGAAGGUGCAGUCACUGGUGUAAAAGAGCAGAGAGAAAAAACAUCUUCCAAAAACUCAGUCCAAUCCAAAACUCAGGUGGCUCAAUCUCGAGGAAUAGAUAGCACACAUUGCACUCCUGCAGGCAAAGAAGCUCUUGGCUCACCUAGGGAUGCUUCUGAGAUCUCAAAACUUUCUAGCAGAAGAAACUCUGUUUCCCAAAAACCUAAAUUGUCUCCAGUGGACGAACUCUGUCAUCGUUUAUCCCAACUUAAGAUUCAUGAUAAGAAAUGGACAGAUGGGAGUGUGCCGUGGGAUUCACUUCCUGCCAAUAUAGUUGAAUUUGGAAAGGAUGCCUUGAAAAGGCGGAAUGCUGCUUCUGUAGCGGCAGCUGAGGCAUUGGUAGAAGCAUCAGCUUCUGAAUCUGUCAUCCGAUGUAUGAGCAUGUUUUCAGAGCUACUGUCUUCAGCAAAGACAGAGGAUCCUCAUCCUUCAAUUGAUCAGUUCUUUUCCAUUCAUGAGAUGAUUGUGCAAUCAAUGAAUAUAUCCAAAGCGCUUGCCAAGUGUAGGGCUGCUAAUAAGCAAGAGGAUCAGGAGAAUUCAGAUAAAUUGGACCCUGAGUUCGUCAAUAUCUGUGCAGAGAAACAAAAAAAUGCUGCUCAACUGGUCAAAGUUACAUUGGCAACAGAUUUGGCAUCAAUUUCUUUUCUCAUCAACUCUAUAUUUAAAAAUUUACACGUGAAAGAAGCUAAAAAGGACAGAGCACCAAGCAACCCACAAAAUACUGCAUUAGAUGCCCCCUCUGAUAUGCAAACUUCAAAGAGCCAGGCUCUUUCUUUAUCUUCUAGAAGGUCUUCGUUGGAUAACAAAAUUCCAGUGAAGUCUCCAUUGUCCUCUGUGCCUGAGUCUAAAGGUGAUAAGAAGCAAAACAGUUCUGAAAAGUCUGAUAUCAAGCCACCCUCUGGUAUGAAGGUAAAUGCAUUCAAAGGACAUUCUAUUGGCGCUAUUUUGAGUGGUAGAAAUGCAAAAGCUCAAUCUAAAGUUUCUCCAGAGCCAUGUUUGAGAGAACCUUACGUGGAAUGGAUGAGAGGAAAUGGUAUGAAUGAAACAGCAGAACUUGCAAAACAUUUGCAAAAGGAGGCACAGAGCUGGUUCCUGAAGUUCAUAGAGAAUGUCUUAAAUACCGGAUUUCAACCCUGUAAUGAAAAUGAAGACAUCACAAAAAAUUCAACAGGUAAAAGCCAAUUGCAGCAAGAGAAAAGCCAGAUCGCAGCAAUGUUAUCUCAACUUAAAAAGGCCAAUGACUGGUUGGAUGAGCUUGUGCAUGAUCCAGCAGAUGAAGACAGUGCAAAAUUGGUGGAAACUGUUGAUAGGCUGAAGCAGAAAAUGUACGAAUUUUUGCUUCAGCAUGUAGAGUCUGCUGCUUCUGCUCUUGAUAACCAAGCUAAUGGAGUCUAAACUCAGGGGCUUGAGUUUAUAUGAAUUUUAAAAUAUAUUGUGUAUUUAUUAAAAUGAAAUUCGUCAGCCUAGAUCAUCACCAGUUACUGGAAAAGCUUUGCCACUGGAGCUUUCCUCCUGUACUAACCACUAACUAAAAGAGCGGAGCAUAUUUAAUUUCUAUUUUCUUACUAGAAGCUUGCAUUGUUGGCAAGCCAUAUGGAAAUAUUCAUAUUUAUGAAUUACCGAUUUCCGUUGAUUAAUUCAGUUUAGUUAGCAGAGCUACGUUCAUUUGUUGCCGAGGUAGCAUGUUCGGCACAAUUCGAAACGGAGCACAAACACAUUGGCUCUCAUACUGACCAUUUUUGCAGAUCUUGAAAGCGACUAUUGGCUCAGCCAAGAUUAA